AUGACGGUUUCUGGUAACGAGGCUUCACCUGAGGAGGAUUUGACACUGUUGGAUGAAGAGACUGCAAGAAGGAUAGAAGAAGCUGUUCGAAGAAAUGUCGAGGAGAAGCUUCAGACAGAGGAAGUCAAGUUGGAAAUAGAAAGGCGCAUUGCAGAGGGAUUGAAGAAGAUGUAUGAAGAUGUUGAAGUUCAACUUGAAAAAGAAAAGCAAGAAAUGCUUGCUGAAGCUAGAAGAAAACUAGUAAGUAUUCUGUGCCCUUUGUUGUAUGAAAAGGAUAACCAGUGGAAAAGAGAAGAGCUGGAUAAGAUGCCUGAAGAGAAUAGGAGGAGAGAGGAAGAAUCUCAGGGAAAAGACGCUCUAGAGCUACAGCGGAAGGAGGAAGAACGGCAAAGGGAAUCAGAAAUGAUUCGGAGGCAGAAAGAAGAGUCUGCUCAGAGAGAGAAACUCGAAGAUGAACAACCCGCUUAUCAGAUCAAUUCUAUGGGCAAGAACAAAUCUAGGGCUAACUCAUGUAUGAAUAGUUAA